AUGACUAGCCGGCAAACAAACGACCAACUAAUCCAAAAUCUCCAAACUAAAAUCCGCGAACUGGAACAAAAAUUAGAAGAAUUCACCCAAGGAGGCAUAAAAAUCCUUUUCUCUGGCAAAGCCAACGCCCAAAGAAUAGCCCGCAAAGUAAAACCUCGCACUUUACGCGAAAUCCCUGAAUUAAGCCUGGGUAGCGAAGAACAAAAAUCUAAAAAUCUAGUAAUUGAAGGUGAUAAUUUACUCGCUAUGGCUACUUUAUACCAAUAUCACGGCAAAAUUGACCUGAUAAUUGCUGACCCUCCUUAUAAUACCGGCAAAGAUUUUCGGAUACAAAUGAUGCGGCAAAUGCUUAAAUCUAAUGGAGUAUUGGCUUUUUGUAUAGAUGAAAGGGAAUUAUUUAGACUAGGAAUGAUGCUGGACGAAAUUUUUGGGGAAAAGAACCGAAUUGCGAUUAUUAACUGGCAAAAAUUAGGUGGUCCGAAAACUUACACUCAUGUUUCACCGGCUACCGAAUACAUUUUGGUUUAUGCUAAGGAUUUAGAAAAAACAGAAACUAAUUUAAUGCCUCGCACGGAGAACUAUUUAAAACAGUUCAAAAAUCCAGAUAAAGACCCACGGGGAGCUUGA